UUAGUUCUGGUCACCAGGUGAUAUUUUAUAUUCACCUGACUGAUGAAUGUUUCAGCUGGUUUACCAAGCAAAGGUGUGGCAUUGGCUGCUCAUUACACACACAGAGAGCGGACAGAGAGUCCGCUAACACUGAGACACAACGAGAACCCUCUGUCAGUCAGCAGAUCUUAGUUUGAGAUUCAAGUUCAAGUGUUUUUUGGAUUGCGUUUUGCAGUUCAAAGGAAGUCAAAGGCAAACGAUGCAGACAGCAGAUACGAUUUACGACAAUGUUUCUCACCUGAACUAUGGUUUCCAACAUGAAGAGCAGCGGCCUCCUCCGUAUGCGCCUCCUUCUGGAAUAAACCCGGCUUUACCUCAGUACCCCGGUCCCCAAAACCCACAACAUCUAUACCAGAAUUCAGAGAGAUACUCGCCUGCUCAGAGCCUGCAUCAGUAUACGCCUCAAACAGCACCUGUUAAUACACACCACACGGUCACACCUGGACCCUACCUUGACGUUAAUCCAGCUCACAAAGUUUCCAGGAGAAAAAAAUGGCCAAUUAUUCUUGGCAUAGUCAUCACCCUACUCGUCGUUGCUGGGGUCAUAGGUGUGGUGCUUUGGUUUUAUGGUGUAUUUGAUUGUUUGCAAGGGCGUCGCUGUCAGACAGAUAAUGAAUGUGUCAGCUUCUCGCAGUGGUGUGACGGCGAGCACAACUGUCCAUCCGGAGACAAUAAAACUCAGUGCUUUCGUCUGUUUGGAUCGAAUUUCCUUCUUCAGAUGUAUUCAAAUGUGACCCUAAAAUGGGAGAAUGUGUGUUCAGAUGGAUGGAAUGACAGCCUCGGAAUGCAAGCGUGUGAGGAGAUGGGAUACGAGAGGAGCACUUAUGUGGGUUAUGAGGAGUUUUACUCUAGUGCAUCGACUGACUACAUGCUGGCGAAGACCGAUUCUCUCAGCUCUUCCAAUCUGACAGGUUUUCUUAGUAAAACGUCAUACUGUCCAUCUAACAAAGCAGUGGCACUCAAAUGUAUAGUUUGUGGACAGAACAGGGAGACCCGAAUCGUGGGAGGAUCCACGGUGACCUCUAAGGGGGUGUGGCCAUGGCAGGUCAGCCUGCAAAUUUCCAGAAGGCAUUUGUGUGGCGGGUCUGUCAUUACACCUUACUGGAUCGUCACUGCGGCUCACUGUGUGCAUGAGAAUUCAGAUGCUAGGGAUUGGACUGUGUAUGCUGGAUAUCUUACUCUUGCUGAGAUGCUGUCGGCCACCGGCAAUUCUGUAAGCCGAAUUGUCAUGCACAACUUUGACCCGAGAACCGAUGAGAAUGACAUUGCCCUGAUGAAGCUAAACAGUCCACUCACGAUUACAACGAACGUCAGGCCAGUGUGUCUGCCCAAUAAAGGCAUGUACUUCACUGCUCCACAGGAAUGUUACGUCACUGGAUGGGGGGCACUGUUUAGUGGAGGAUCUCCCUCACAAACCCUACAAGAAGCCAAAAUCCAGCUAAUCGACAGAACGACUUGCAACAGCCAACCGGUGUAUGACAGACAAAUCACAGACACCAUGAUCUGUGCUGGCAAGCUUGAGGGUGGCGUGGACUCCUGUCAGGGGGACAGUGGGGGUCCUCUGGUCACAAAAGAGAAUUCUCUAUGGUGGCUGGUUGGGGACACUAGUUGGGGUGAUGGAUGUGCUUUCAGAAACAAGCCCGGAGUCUACGGAAAUGUGACCUACUUCCUUGACUGGAUAUAUGAACAAAUGCGGAAAUAUUAACUGUUUUUAAUAUAAAGAUUUUGGAGAAGAGCAACUGAUCAAAAAAACGCUGACUCUCAGGAACUGUGACAGUGUCCAUUUAUUUUUUGCUAAAUGUUUUCACAUAAAUCUAAAAUAACCAGUUAUUUAUUUUCACCAGUGUCAAUAAUGAAGUGAAUCGCACAUUAUGCUACAAUAUGCACUUUUCUGUCUUUUUUGUUGUAUGUUUUGUAUAAAGAGCACAACUGUACAAAUGAUUUUAUAUAUAUAUAAAAAAAAAAAACCUACCUGAUAAUCUCACACCACUGACAUGUUUCUGUUCUCUGGCUGUCUUUGCCACCACAACAGCUCACAUUUGCAUUAUUACAGUAUUUGAUACCAGGGUGUGACAGACAAUAAAACCACUUUCCUCAGAACUGCGGACAGACAUGGUGCAAACAAAUGUCUUUAUUGUAUGACUCUAUGGAUAGCUAAAAUUGUUUUACAACAUCAAGAUUUUAUGUUAAAAUGUAUAUGAAUGUCUGACUAUUUAUUUUUUUCACUAUGUUUAAUCACCUUUUUGUCUUCUCAUUAAAUAAAUUACAAAUAUACA